CAGCGCCCGGGCGCGCUCCGGAAGAGGGAAGGAGCGGAGCGGCGCUCGGCGAGCGGGAUGGCAGCGCGGGGCUCCGCGGGGGACGGCGCGCUGCGCCGCGCGGCCGAGCAGUGGCUGCUCUGGGAUAAGAAUCCAAAAACUUACGCAAUCGUGAAACAAUUGCUUGCGGAAGGAAAUGCUGGAGAACUGCAGAAAUACUUUGGCUCACGGAUGGAGUUUGGCACAGCAGGGCUCAGAGCUGCCAUGGGAGCAGGGAUUUCCCACAUGAAUGACUUGACUAUUAUCCAGACAACCCAGGGAUUUUGCAGAUACCUUGAGAAGAAUUUCAGUGACCUGAAAAAGAGAGGAGUUGUGAUUGGGUUUGAUGCUCGUGCUCAUCUUUCCAGUGGAGGUAGUAGCAAAAGGUUUGCAAGACUUGCUGCCAAUACCUUCAUCAGUCAGGGAGUUCCAGUUUAUCUAUUUUCUGAUAUAAUACCAACUCCCUUUGUGCCAUACACAGUAACUCAUCUGAAGCUUUGUGCUGGAAUUAUGGUUACUGCUUCCCAUAAUCCAAAACAAGACAAUGGCUACAAGGUUUACUGGGAAAACGGUGCUCAGAUCAUUUCCCCUCAUGACAAAGGAAUUUCUCAGGCUAUUGAGCAGAACCAAGAACCGUGGCCUCAGGCUUGGGAUGACAAACUGAUUGACAGCAGCCCACUACUUCAUGAUCCAUAUGCCCUGGUCAAUAAGGAGUAUUUCAAAGACAUACAGAAGCAGUGCUUUUACAGGAAUAUAAACAAGGAAACAAACCUGAAAUUUGUUCAUACUUCUGUGCAUGGCGUAGGACAUAAAUUUGUGCAGUUGGCGUUCAAGGCAUUUGACCUUAGCCCUCCUUUUGCUGUUCCGGAGCAGAAAGAUCCUGAUCCAGACUUCCCCACAGUGAAGUAUCCAAAUCCUGAAGAAGGCAAAGGUGUUUUGACAUUGUCUUUUGCUUUGGCUGAAAAAGAUGGGGCAAGAAUCAUUUUAGCAAAUGAUCCUGAUGCUGAUCGACUGGCAGUGGCAGAGAAACAAGAGAGUGGUGAAUGGAAAGUGUUUUCUGGAAAUGAACUAGGAGCUCUUUUAGGCUGGUGGAUCUUCACUUGCUGGAAGAAUAACAGUAGGGAUACUCAUGCCAUUAAGGAUGUCUACAUGUUAUCCAGUACUGUUUCUUCCAAAAUCCUGAGAGCAAUUGCACUAAAGGAAGGUUUUCACUUUGAGGAAACACUGACAGGUUUCAAAUGGAUGGGCAACCGUGCCAAACAGCUCAUGGACCAGGGAAAAGCAGUUCUUUUUGCAUUUGAGGAGGCUAUAGGUUAUAUGUGCUGUCCUGCUGUUCUGGAUAAAGAUGGUGUCAGUGCUGCUGUUAUAACUGCAGAGAUGGCCAGCUUUUUGGCAACCAGGAAUUUGUCUUUGUCUCAGCAGCUGAAAGCUGUCUAUGAUGAAUACGGCUUCCAUAUUACAAAAGCUUCGUAUUUCAUCUGCCAUGAUCCUAAAGUUAUUCAACAGCUUUUUGACAACCUUAGAAAUUUUGAUGGAAAAAACACAUACCCAAAAUCUUGUGGUAGAUUUAAAGUUUCUGGAAUAAGGGAUCUAACUACUGGGUAUGACAGCAGCCAGCCAGAUCAAAAGGCUAUACUUCCUACUAGUAAAAGCAGUCAAAUGAUAACAUUCACUUUUGCUAACGGAGGAGUGGCCACAAUGAGAACCAGUGGGACAGAACCAAAGAUCAAAUACUAUUCUGAACUUUGUGCACCUCCUGGAAACAGUGAUGUUGAACAGCUGAAGAAGGAGCUGGAUGAAUUGGUCAAUGCUCUUGAAAAACACUUCUUUCAACCAGAAAAAAACAAACUUCAACGACAGACUGAGUAAAAUAGCAAAAUUACUACCUUGAUUGGCUUUUGCAGAAUUAGAAGUACAUUAUUUAAGAAGUUAAGGUUUUUUAGGACCAAACAUCUGACUAUAAUGACUUCUACUUUUAAGAGUUAUUUUGGAUACUCUUGGCUCUAGUUAUCUUAUUUUGGAAGGAAAGUACCUUUACCCUUAAUGAACCAAAAAAACCCAAUCAGUUGAACUAAAAGUUUCAUGAACUAAAAGUUGACUGCAAAUGUAGUUCAAUCAAAACUUGUUUUAAUUAAAUCUAAGUAAUAUUCUGAUAUCUGAAACAGCCUGUUUUGUGGUGACUUAUUUCUUUUGUGUGCAUAUAAUCUGAUAACAGUGUGUAACUUUGUAUGGGAUUAGAUUUGCAAAGUAAGUUCUUCUGUUAACAGGAAUUAUUUAAAGCCUGUGGUGAGACUUGGGCAAACUUGGUGCAGAUGAUUCAGAAGCAGUCAUCUUUCUCAUGGAUUUUGGCCCAAAGUAACAAGAAACUCACAGCAAUUUUUUUGAAUAUGUAUUUUUUGUGGGAUUAUAUAUCAUAUUCCAGGCUAGGGAUACAAAGUGUACUUAACUGUCUUUGAAUACCAUCAACCCAUUAAGAUAGUAUAUCUACAUGCAGCACCUUUUUGUUGCCUCACUGAACUAAGCAUAACUUGUUCAAUGCACACCAUAGUUUUGGAGCCUCUCACACUGUUUGCUGCCAUGACUUGGUGCAUGUCUAAUUUUAGAGCAGAAGUUUUGAUUUCAUUGCAUAUAGGUCUCAGAUUCAGUCAAAGACAAACCAGAAAAUUUCUAACCAGGCAGAAGCCUGAGAAAGUACUGAGAAAGAAUGUAAGUAAGUUCUUUAUCUCUCUUGUUUAUAGUGAAGUUUUGCUAGUGUACGUCAUUCACUGCACACCAAUAGUGUGAGCUGUCUUCACUUCAGGACUAGUAGGGUUGGUCUGCAUGAAGCUCUGCAUAAAAGAGCGAUGUAUUUUGAAAUAAAUCAGUGUUACACUCUCAGCCUUCUGAACAAAGUCUAUUCAUUCCCAUCCUGCCUCAACAGCGUCAAUUGCAUGCUCUUAUCUGUGCUUGCAAAGCCUGAGAGGGUUUUUUGGAGGUUGCCAAUUGACUUUAAUAUGGGGCUUUUCUGCAUUUUCAGUAUUUGCAUUGGAUAUCAAUGUAGCAAUAAUAGUCACAACCAUAGCUACAUACUUCUUAUAAAUGCAAAACUUCUAAACUUGAUUAUCCUCCCAGAAUUCAAGUCCUCUGUGCUUGUUAUUUUCAGUGUAACUUGAAGAUUGCAGCAACUCGAAGAUUGCUGGAUACAGGGAAGCAGCCCUAGGGGAAGUGGAAGGAGAGGAAGUUUUACACAGUCUGAUGUACCACUCUGCAGUCCUGUGGUGAGAGGCCACAGAAAUUAGUCUGGGGGGGCUUCAGGGAUCUUCUAAGACAUGACAGCUACCUCUCAGGUCAGCCUAGUUGAGUGCAUUAUGCCCCAUCAGAAGGAAUGGAUACCUUCAAGCCUCCAUGUCCCAGUACUUUUCCAGAGGGGAGUUUUCAUCCUGAGCCAGUUAUGUAAAGGGGGGAUAUUGGCAUGAUAAAAAGCAUUAUCCCAGCACGAAAGAUCUGCUUCUUACUGGCUUCCUCCUUGCUUGAAGGCACAGACAGAGGAAUGAUUUUUCAGGAGGCAGGCUGGAGCAGUGCUUUCAAUUUGGGCAUUAAUGAGCUAGACCAAGCCUUGGGCUUCUACUGGGGAGGUGAUUCUCUCCCUCCACUCUGCUCUUUUGGAGCAGUGAAACCCCUUUCAGGGUACUGCAUCCCAGCACAAGAACAACGUGAAGCUGUUAGAAUAGGUCCAGAGGAAGGCCAUGAAAACAGAAGGUUAGAAUACCUGUGCUGGGAAAAAAAGGCUGAGAGGGCCGGGGUUGCUCAGCCUGUAGAAGAGGCUGUGAGAUCUUACCUUCUAAAAGGGGGCUUAUAAGAAACACACUUUUUACCAGGGACUGUAGUGACAGGACAAGGGGAAACAGUUUUAAAGUGAAAGAGGAUAGAUUUAAUUGGAUACAAGGAAAGAUAUAUAUAUUUUUUUUUAUACUGACGAGGUGAGACAUGGGAACAAGUUGCCCAGCAAAGCUGUUGGAUGCCUGAAAGUGUUUAAGGCCAGAUUGGAUGAAGCUUUGAGCAAUCUAAUUUGGUGGAAGGUGUCCCUGCUUCGUGCAGGGGAGUUGAACUAGGUGAUUUUUAAAGGGGACCAUCACAUACUGAAACCAUUGCAUCAUUCCUUUUACUUUAGUUUUUACUGGGAGGGCUCACGUUUCUUUUGGCACAGAAUAUGAUAAAGGAUGCUUUAGUUAAUUGAUGGGGAAGGCCUGAAGACAGAGGAUUACAGGUCCUGAAUUUUUAAAUGUAUUUAUCUUAACAUCUCCUCAGGCUAGAGAGGCAUAUUUGACAUGUGCCUUUAUAUGCCAAACCUGGAUUUGGAUUUUACUAAUGUUUGGAAGUGAGACCUUCAAUGCACUCACGGAUACUGAAACAUCCUUAGGAAGGCUUUAGGGCAUCCUCAGAAGCAGUACAGACAUAGGAUGAUCACCUAAUCUUUAUGAUUUUGUCUUCCUAACAUCAAGAAAUUUACUUGCUCCAUUCCUUUCUCUAUUCCAGACAGAAGUUCACAACUUCGGCAGGGGUGGGGCAUGACAAAAAGAAAAAAAAUAGCCAAACCCACAGCAGUCAGUUUAUCAAGCUACUUGAACAAUUACAAAAACUACAAAAUUACAAGAGAAAACUUGAUAUUGCUAAAGUCUUUACUAACCUUGUCUUGCAUCAGAAAAAGAGGAUCUAGAACUGAAAGAAAGAAUCAAAACAAAGGCAGCAAGAGUAUAGCAAAGAGAGAAGUUAGUAUUGCAAGUCAGAGUGGGUGUUAAGCUACAGUUUUUUCAAAGCUGGUCUAAUUCUUCCACUAAAGUGUUGUGUAAGAUAAUGAAGCCUACUUGGACAUUGUUAGUCCCAAGACAGAUAUUAAAACACAGACAAAUGUCAUUUGUAAAAAUGCAGCAUUGAACUGGGAGCAGGUGCACUAGUAUUUUAUCCAGAGAUGGGACUUGCCAUCACUGGAAUAAAGAGUGCUUGCAGGCCAGACUGAACUCAGGUGUAAGGGAAUUCUUGGCUGUUUCUAGAGAAAGAUACAUCCCUACAUUACCAAAACCAUAUAAAAUAAGCCUGUUUUUUAUAACAGAUGGAAACACAAUUCCAGUGACAGUUGUAAACGUUGAUCCUAUAGGGGAUCAGGCCUAUGGAGCUAGAGCGAAAGACUGAGAGGAAUUAGCGUAGUACUCAAAACUCUGCCAAAAUAAAACCCAAAACCAGUAAUGCUUUAGGAGUAGAACAGUGGACUUCACUUGAAGGUUAUUAGUUUUUUUACAAGUCCCAGUAUCGUAAAAUUUACUGAAUAAAUUAAAAUUCAGGGAUGGAUUGAAACAGUUUGGCUGGAAGGAAGUGAAAAUACAUUUCAGCUAAGUAAUCUGAACUUAGUCCAUGGCAUAUUGUGUAAAAGUAUUGUUAUGACAGUCAAGUAUUGAUUUGCAGAAGGAUUUAUUUGAUAAUUUUGCUAUAUACAAAUCAUCAAGGAUAACUGGAAUUAAUACUAAAAGAUUUAUUAUGUAAACAUUUUUCAUUUUGUACAAUGUGUGCUUAAAUAUUUAAAUUGUUCACCUACAAAGUUUCUGUAAAUAAAGUUUUUCUCCUUGCUAAUCAUUCUCAAAA